AUGAGUUUUCCAGUUUCAAACGCUACGGUCCCAUUCUGGCGCACGCAGCUCGACGAACUAGACAAUCAUCGCACUACAUCUGAACUUCCAUCAGAAGCCGAUAUCGUUAUUAUCGGUGCUGGAUACAGUGGAGCUUCCCUUGCCUACCAUCUACUCGAGCAACAGUCAAAGCCCUUGAAGAUAGUCAUUGUCGAAGCCCGCGAAGCAUGCUCUGGUGCGACGGGGAGAAACGGUGGUCAUUUGAAGCCAGACCCAUAUUUAAGAGCUGCCWCGGCUCUCAGGACCCAUGGAAAGGAGGCGGCUGAGGAGGUGGCCUCCUUUGAAGCUCGCCAAGUGAAGGUGAUCAAAGAACUUGUAGAGAAGGAGAAGAUCGACUGCGAUUUCGUUGUCACGCGAGCAUCCGAUGUCUGCUUGUUUGAAGGAGCUCGAGCAAGCCUGAAAAGUGGACUAGAUCUCCUGAAUGCUGCAAAUAUCUCGACAGCGAGCGAAGUUUUCUACAGCGAUGAGCGUACUGCAGAGGGUGUGUCCGGCAUCAAAGGUGCCAAAGGCUGCUUCACGUACACCACAGCUCACCUCUGGCCUUAUAAGCUUGUUCUCCACCUCCUCAAGAAAGCCAUCUCCUCAGGCGUCAACCUUCAAACCAAUACGCCGGUUCAAUCAGUCACUUCGAAUAGUGAAUCUUCUCCGAGACUAUGGAAAGUGAACACUUCACGAGGAACUAUCAAAGCUUCGAAAGUCCUCUACGCCAGCAACGGAUACACUUCCGGCUUGUUACCAGAGUUCUCAAGAGCCAUUGUACCCGUACGCGGGCUUUGCUGUCGUAUCGUAGCUCCCAAGGCUCAUGCACCUUUGCUGUCAAACAGCUACAUCCUCAGGAUAGCUCCUCAAGAGUACGAUUAUCUCAUUCCGCGGACCGAUGGAAGCAUUGUCGUUGGCGGUGCUCGUCGAGACUUCUACACUCAACUGGAUCAAUGGUAUAAUGUUGUGGAUGACAGCAAACUGAUCGAACCUGCUCGGGACUACUUUGACGGAUACAUGCAAAGACACUUCAGGGGCUGGGAGGAGAGCGGUGCCGUGACCGACAAAAUCUGGACAGGCAUAAUGGGAUAUUCAAGCGACGGCAUGCCUCAUGUCGGUGAAGUUCCAGGCAAACCCGGCCAAUUCGUCUGUGCCGGCUUCUCGGGCCACGGAAUGCCACAAAUCUUCCUGUCUGCGAAAGCAGUGGCAUGUAUGACUCUUGAAGGUCGGAACUCAGAAGAUGUUGAUCUUCCCCGGUUAUACCGCACGUCUCAGGUACGUCUAGAUUCCAAGCAGGAUGCGACGCUGGAAGCGUGGAAAGCCGAUGCGAAGGUCAGGGGGGAGGAGGUCAAGCCAAGAUUGUGA